AUGAAUUCGUCUCCUGCCAACGCUGGCAGUCGCAAGCGGACAAUUAGCGACGAUGACAGUUCUGACUACGAGUGGUCCAGCCAAUCACAAUCGUCUUUUGAUUCGGAAAAAAAUCCGACAUUUUUCGAAUCUCCCAACUACAAAAGACUCCAACAGCAUCGAAUCCAUUCCGAGGCUCAUAUACGGACAGUCGAGAUGAUGUUGCAAGCACAGCUCGAACUACAACGACAGGAAAAGAGUCGGCAGACACUUUCAGACACUAAUCUUACCGAGCCGCCACUAGAUCACACAUUCUCGGAUAUUACCGAGACUAAUCAAGAAUCCGACAAUUAUCGGCAAAGACCGUUCUGGUGA